AUGCGAGCCGGGCCGGCGCUGCUGGCCGUGCUGCUGGGCUGCGCUCUGGCCGCGGAGCCGCGGCUGCAGCGGGGCAUGCCCAAUGUGUGCCCAGUGCUGGAGCUGGCUCUGGUGGGACACCAGGAGCCCUGUGUUCAGUCCUUCAGUCGGAUGGUCAGGAUGUGGAAGCAAGGCUGCACAAAGAGGAGGUGGUGUGUGAGCUAUGAGAGAAGGUCUGGCUACUACACGGUUUACAAGCAGGUGUACAGGAUGGAGCAGCAGACCGUCUAUAAGUGCUGCCCCGGCUGGGCCCAGCAGGACAAUGAACCCGGCUGCCUGCACUUGCUCUGCACUGCUGGCACUUGCUUCAAUGGAGGGAAAUGCUCUGAAGAGGGACCCCAGGUGUGCCAGUGUCCUGCAGGAUUCCAGGGGCCUCGCUGCCAGUAUGAUGUCAACGAGUGCACCACGGGGAACGGCGGCUGCCACGAGCGCUGCUGCAACACCAUCGGCAGCUACCACUGCAAGUGUCCAGCUGGCCAGAAGCUGGGGGAAGAUGGAAAAUCCUGUGCAGACGUGGAUGAGUGUGAGGUGCUGAACGGAGGCUGCCAGCAGGGCUGUGUCAACACCCAGGGCUCCUUCCAGUGCCAGUGCCAGCCGGGAUUUCGGCUCCACGCCGACGGGCGCACCUGCCUCGCUGUCAAUUCCUGCAGCAUGAACAACGGGGGCUGUGAGCAGGACUGUGUUCAGCUCAGUGAGGACCACUACAAGUGCCAGUGCCAGCCAGGCUACCAGCUGAAGACAGAUGCCAAAUCCUGUGAAGUGAUAGACCCCUGCACAAGUGGGAACGGAGGAUGCUCACAAAUCUGUCAGAAUGAGAGAGGAAUUGCAAAAUGCGAGUGUCAUCCAGGGCAUUCUCUCGCCGCAGACAAAAAGUCCUGUUUAGAUGUGGAUGAGUGUGCAGAGGGCAGGGCCAGGUGUGCCCAUCGCUGUGUGAACACCCCGGGCUCCUUCAGCUGUGCCUGCAGCCCCGGCUUCGAGCUGGGCGCGGACGGGCGGCGCUGCUACCGCAUCGAGAUGGAAAUCGUCGACAGCUGCCGGGACGGGAACGGCGGCUGCGAGCACGGCUGCGAGCACACGGCAGCGGGGCCGCGCUGCUCCUGCCGCCGCGGCCACCGCCUCGCCGGGGACGGCAAAACCUGCCCAGAUGUGGACGAGUGUGAGACUGGAGAGUCCUGCUGCUCCCAGUUCUGCAUCAACUACGCGGGGGGCUACGAGUGCGCCUGCAAGGCGGGGUUCCAGCUCAGCGCCGACGGCUGCUCCUGCGACGAUGUGGAUGAAUGUCAUCUGGAUAAUGGCAACUGUGACCAUUUCUGUGUGAAUUCCCUGGGGUCGUACGAGUGUGCCUGCAAGGAGGGUUACAGGCUUGGGGAUAGCAGAUGGGCCUGCGUGGGUGUGGAGGAGGCGGAUGCAGAGGAGGCAGCAGGGCUGGCUGGUGCCCCGGGGCUGCAGUUCCGAGGGCCCCCCCAGCUGCUCCGCUUCGCCCUCGGGGCCCUGGCCGAGGAUGGAGACCCCCGAGGAGAGCUCACCCUGGUGCACAGGGUCGUGUGCCUGGGUGACACGUUUGGCCAGGACUGCAGCCUGAGGUGUGAGGAUUGUCUGCACGGGGGCCGCUGCAACAGCGAGCGCAGCGGCUGCGUCUGCCCGCCCGGCUGGGCUGGUGUCAUCUGCAACGAGACCUGUCCCCCCGGGACGUUCGGCAGAGGAUGUGCCGGUGUCUGCAGGUGCCAGAACGGAGGCUGGUGUGACCCCGGCACGGGGCAGUGCCACUGCCCGCCCGGUGUGCUGGGCCAGCUCUGCGAGGACGGCUGCCCAAAAGGUUUCUUUGGGAAGAACUGUAACAAACCAUGCAACUGUGCCAACAAGGGCCACUGCCACAGACUGUAUGGAGCCUGCCUGUGUGACCCCGGGCUCUACGGCCGCUUCUGCCACCUCACCUGUCCCAGGUGGGCUUUCGGCGCGGGCUGCUCGGAGGAGUGUCAGUGUGUGAAGGAGCACACCCUGGAGUGCAGCCCCAGGAACGGCUCCUGCAUCUGCCAGCCUGGAUAUCACGGCAAAAAGUGUCACAAAGAGUGCACCCCAGGGUUUUAUGGGGCUGGCUGCAAACUGAGAUGCAGCUGCCCUCCUGAUGCUCUGUGUGAUCCUGAGACAGGAGCCUGCAAACAUCCAUGUCCAGCUGGGUUUCAUGGAGAAAAAUGCCAUUUGUCUUGUCAGCCUGGCAGCUUCGGGAUGGGCUGCAGGCAGAGGUGCAGCUGUGGAGGAGCCCCGUGUGAUCCGAGGACAGGGCAGUGUGUUUGCCCAGCUGGGAAGACUGGUGCUACGUGUGAGCAAGAUUGCCCAGAUGGCCAGUGGGGACCAGACUGCCAGAACUCCUGCGAGCCCUGUGCCAACGGGGGACAGUGCAACAGGGAGACUGGAGCCUGUGACUGUCCCCCUGGCUACACUGGGCCAUCCUGCUCUGCCACCUGCCCCGAUGGGCACUAUGGACAGAGCUGCCUGUGGCUGUGCAGCUGUGGCAGCAGUGCUCAGUGUCACCACGUCACUGGAGAGUGCUCCUGUCCCCCGGGCUGGACUGGCCACGACUGCAAACACCCCUGCAGCAGCGGCCGCUGGGGCCGGGACUGCGCCAACUCCUGCGCCUGCGACGGCGGCGACGGCGGCUGCGACCCCGCCACGGGCACCUGCUCCUGCCAGCCGGGAUUCACCGGGCAGCACUGCCAGCUCAGGUGCCCUGAGGGGAGCUUUGGCCCGGGCUGUGAGUCCAGCUGUCAGUGCCAGAACGGAGCUGCCUGCGACCACGUCAGCGGAGCCUGCACCUGCACAGCAGGCUGGACAGGAACCUUUUGUGAAAGAGCUUGUCCAGACGGAUUCUUUGGGAUUGACUGCCACCAGGUGUGCAAGUGCAAGAAUGCUGCUGGCUGUGACCACGUGCUGGGCUCGUGCCACUGCCUGCCGGGCUGGCUGGGGGAGAGCUGCGAGCUGCCCUGCCAGGGGAGCAGCUACGGGCCGGGCUGCAGGAGCACUUGUCACUGUCACAACGGAGCUCUCUGUCACCACGUCACCGGGGCGUGCCUUUGUAGCCCAGGCUGGAAAGGAGCAACCUGCCAAGAAGCCUGUCCCCACGGGUGGUACGGAGCAAACUGCCUGCAGCGCUGCCUCUGCCACGGCCAGGCCGCCUGUGACCCUGUGAGCGGCGAGUGCCAGUGUCCCCAGGGCUGGACGGGGACAGCCUGUGAGCUGGAGUGUGGGGACGGGCAGUUUGGAGAGGGCUGUGAGCAGAACUGCAGCUGCCACCACGGGGUGUGUGACCAGCCCUCAGGGAAGUGCCUCUGCCACGCUGGAUGGACCGGGGACCGCUGUGAUGUUGCCUGCCCCCCGGGAUUUUUCGGCAAGCGCUGCGAGGAGCGGUGUGACUGCGCCCACGGCCGGUCCUGCCACCCCCAGAGCGGAGCGUGUCACUGCGAGAGGGGCUGGCGAGGGAGGCACUGUGACAAACCCUGCCAGCCGGGCCGCCACGGCGCGGGGUGCGCGCGGCGGUGCCGCUGCCCCGCGGGAAGGCCCUGCCACCACCUGACGGGCGCCUGCCGAUGUCCCCCGGGAUUCGCCGGCCACGGCUGCCACAAGACUUGUCCAGUGGGCACGUAUGGGCAGGACUGUCACGGAGUGUGCCAGUGCUCUGAGAAUCAGGAAUGUCACCCUGUCACCGGCCACUGCUCCUGCAGCCCGGGCUACCAUGGGGCCCACUGCCACCUCCGGUGUCCAGAAGGUACUUAUGGUUCAAACUGCCAAAAUCCCUGUAAAUGCAUGAACGGAGGCCACUGUGACCCCGUGUCGGGAACUUGUGAUUGCGCUCCCGGAUUCAUCGGAGCCAACUGCAGCAAAACCUGCCCUGAGAGCCGGUAUGGGAAGGACUGUGCCCAGCUCUGUGCCUGUGGCAAAGGCCAGUGUGACCCACGGACUGGCGAGUGCACCUGUGCCCCCGGCCACACGGGCCCUGCCUGUCAGCAAGUGUGUCCCCAGGGACAAUAUGGCCCCAACUGCCACCUGACGUGUACCUGUCAGAACGGUGGCAUCUGUGACCACGUGGAUGGCAACUGCACCUGUGGGCUCGGCUGGACAGGAAGAUCCUGUGAGGAAGAGUGCCUCCCAGGAAAGUAUGGGGCUGGCUGCUCCUUGGACUGCCUGUGCCAGCACAAUGGCACCUGUGACAGGUUCACAGGCUGCUGCAGGUGCCCCGAGGGUUUCUACGGCCACUCCUGUGAGCACAGGUGCCCUCUGGGAUUUUAUGGGCUGGGCUGUCUUCAGGCCUGUGCCUGUAAAAAUGGAGCGAGCUGUGAUGCAGUGACAGGACAGUGCCUUUGUCCUUUGGGUUAUCAUGGUCUCCACUGUGAAAAAGGCUGUGCCAGGGGCUGGUUUGGCGAGGGGUGCCAGCAUCAGUGUGACUGUGGAGAUGCUCCUUGUGAUCCAGAGACUGGGAAGUGCCUUUGCCCACCUGGGAAGACUGGAGACAAGUGUGACAUUGGGUGCAGGCCAGACAGGUACGGCCCCGGCUGCUCCCUGCGGUGCCAGUGCGCCGGCAGAUCCCGCUGCAAUCCCCACAACGGGAACUGCGCCUGCCCGAGCUCCUGGAUGGGGCCAACCUGCAGAGAAGGUGGCCCUCCAAAGCUUCCUUUUUAUGAAGAACAAGCUCAAGAAAGAGGGAGUAUUUUUCCAAGAGCUCUACAACAGUAA